AUGAACAAAGAGCAUGGAUCCAAUAAUCGCCGUCGUCCAAGAGUCUCCCAAGCCUGCAGGAGAUGUCGGACAAAGAGAAAUAAAUGUGACGGUUUGCGUCCCGCGUGCUCAACAUGUCUUUCUUUAGGCCACGAUUGUGCCUACGAUUUGCUGGCACGAAAGCGAGGUUUACGCGAGGGCUAUGUUCGUAGUCUUGAGAAGCUAUUAGCUCUGGCGAUUCGAGAGGUGAACGGAUUUGAAGACGACGCUCUCGCACUGUUGGGAGUCGUACCGGAGUCAGUAGCCAUCCAGAAUCAGUUCAAGACUCCUUGGACAGGCGAUGAAUCGUCAAAUCAGCUGUAUUAUAUGUGGAAAACGAGUCGACUCCACAGAGCUUUAGAAGGAACGCUCAGUUAUCCUAAAAGCGUCCCACUACCUGGCGGUUUCACUGACAGUCUACCGCGAAUCGACAAUGUGAUGGCCGGCUCAGGGAAUAAGAGCCAAAAUUACACGAAUGUCGGCCAAGGUUCAUCAAUUGAUACAGUUAGGAUUGAACAGCCCGGUUCCUUGAGUGAAAUGCCGUAUGCGGCUAGAGAUACGAACUCUCAAUCAGGCAGUAUAUCCGCUCCCCGCUUACCUCCACUGCCACCGCAUGCUACGCGACUCCUCGACACUUAUUAUGCGACUACCCAUUCAUGGUUUCCGAUCAUUUCUAAAGAUGAGGUCACUCGCACAUCACACAUCUACUCCGACCAAGCAUGCUCUGAAGCCGGGCGCAGCACUUCAUGUGCUUAUGAAUCCACGUUGUGGGCUAUCCUGAGUUAUGUUACCUGUGCGUCAACUGUCCGACAGCCAAGUCAAUCUUCACAACUCCUUUCAGAGGUAAAACUCUACUACUAUAACAGUCGACACUUAAUACCUAGCCGGAUUGAGAACUGCGAAUUAGGCCAUCUUGAAGCUAUUAUUCUGCUAGUAAUGGUCAAUAUUGAACUUGAAGAGUGGCUCGCAGCCUGGCUCCUUAUUGGCCGAGCUGUCCAAAUAGUAAUGUUUUUAAGGCUUGGUGAACCCCAAGACGGCCAGUGGUCGGUGACGAUUCAACAUGGAAAGACUGCCGCGAUUGGGUGUUUUAUUAUCGACUCCUUGCUCGCCUUUUGGAGGCGAGAACCCCCGCAUUUGCCUGCAGAGUAUCUCGAUGCCGUCGCGCGGAGAGAGGAGGACGGCAUUAAAGAGUGGACUCUAUGGCCAGACCUGCUGUUUCCGUACCAAAAGGUGGUGUCGACAAAUGGCCCUCCAUCAGGGCUGUUGCAAAGCUUCAGCUGCUUCAAGACACUUCUGGAGCUAGCAAGCAUAGCAAAUAGAAUUGUGAGGGGUCUCGGGUGUAGUGGCCUUUCCCCACAAACUUUUAUUUACGAACUUAGUCAGUGGGAAAGUGAGAUCCCCCGUGGGUGCCGCCUUAUGGGUCCUGAUAGCAUAUACCCUGAACGGCACCCCACUGUGGUCUCACAUCAGGCAUAUUUGACUCUAGGGUAUAUUGCGAUACUGUUGUCCCUAUACGUGGAUAUUACCAUGCAAGAGUUGAGCGUUGCUCAGAUACGGUUGCAGGCCCGGGAGAGAGCCAAGAAGCUACUCUACAGAGUACCGCGUGUCCUUUCCAACCAUGCUAGUCAGUUAUGCAUAUGUGGACUUUCGACAAUAUCUGUGGUAUCUAUGAAGAUUAUUGUUGAUAAGGCACGAGUGCUCUGCGAGACGCAAGGGGGGACCUUUCCCUACCAGAAGUGGAUGGAAAACCUUCGUUAUACGUGCACGAUUCCCUGCCCAGCAUUUCAUCUGUCCUGUUCUCUGAAGGCAGAUUUAUCGCGUUUUUGUGAGGUCGCUUUUAAGCCGACAAUGGAGGUUUCAACAAAUCAUGUCAUGUCUACUAAAGAACGAAGUUCUAGUCAGCGCGGAAUGUCGUAA